AUGAGCGUCUUACUACCCAACAUGGCGGACUUUGAUACCAUUUAUGAGUUAGAAGACGAAGAGGAUGAGCACGUAGUGAGCGAGGAGCACUUACCCAGAUACUGCCCGGAGCCCGUGGUCAUGCGAGGGGCCGGCCACAUCACCGUGUUUGGACUGAGCAACAGAUUCGACACAGAGUUUCCCUCUGUUCUCACGGGAAAGGUAGCACCAGAGGAAUUCAAAACCAGCAUCGGCAGAGUGAACGCGUGCUUGAAGAAGAACCUGCCUGUGAAUGUGAAAUGGCUCCUCUGCGGCUGCCUGUGCUGCUGCUGUACAGUCGGCUGUAGCCUGUGGCCCGUUAUUUGCCUCAACAAGAGAACAAGACGCUCCAUUCAGAAGCUUUUAGAAUGGGAAAAUAACCGACUAUACCACAAGCUGGGCCUACACUGGAAACUCAGUAAAAGAAAAUGUGAAAGCAGUAAUAUGAUGGAAUAUGUGAUUCUUAUAGAAUUCUUACCCAAAUAUCCUAUAUUUCGACCGGACUGAGCGGGCUGGCGGCGGACUGGACACGUGGCCCUUGACUCUUCUCCUCAGUGCCUUGUAUAUAAUACAGUAUGUUGUGAUGAGGGUCUGCACUGGCGUCUCCCAUCUGACGGCCCCGUACAUCUCCCUGUACCUUGUACAUUACAAUUUGCGACACUGUCACUUUGCUUUAGAGCAGAUUUUGCACAUUUUCCCCGACGGAACUAGACCUUGUCCCCUUUGUUGCACUCUUUUUUUCUUUUUUUUUUUUUUGGUUACAUAUUUGAAAAAGCAAGUGAAAACUCGAAAAGUGCAUUUACCCCAAAGAACCAUCAGCCUGUCUCCCGUAGAUUAUCUCAGUAAUCCCUCGCAAAGAAUGUGAUGCCUCCACCUUCCGUAACUACCCUUGCCUUAUGUAUGGUUUGAAAAAGAAAUAACUCCUCGUGUGACGGGCGGAGGGAGACUCGGGGCGAUUCGACAAGUCUGUGCGUUUAACAUGCGAUUUGUUGGGUCUCCACUUCUUUGCAGGCAGAUGGGAUGGUUGGAUUUGCCUAACGUACAGUGUACGUCCACCCUGUGUUUGACCUUUAACCCCCUCUGUACAUGGGAACUAGCUAGUAAAAGACCUUGACCUGUAAAUACCAUGUUAGAAUAAGCUGUACAGUGGUCUACCAUUGUUUACAUAAAGUUACUUAGUUCUUUAGUUUUUCUUUUGCCAAUAUAUUGCUGUACCAUAGUUUUGACUAAUGAAAGAUGUCUAUGUACCUUUCUAGUUUAUAUGGACCUGUUUACCUUGUUAAGCCAUAUAGUGACUAUGUACCUGAUGCCAGAGUUAGGACCGAUUAUUGCACUCGAGCCCAGGCGAACGUCAGGAUAUCAGACUCGUCCUGGACAUUCAUCCGGUGACGACAGCGGUUCACGUUACACGGUGGUCUUUGCCAAUGAAGAUGAUGCUCAGUGAUUCGUCAUCUGUUAAAAAAAAAAGACUGGAGAUGGUUGGAAGAUUAUUAUCUCUAUACUUCCACUCAUGUUUUUGUUCAGUUUAUCCCGACUUUGCAUUGAUUUUGUAGUUUUAUACUUCUCCCCCGUGCUGUGUUCGAGGUCCUCCCGAUGUGUUAGGGAACACAUGUAUCUCCAGUCCACGGUGUGUCAAGCAGACGGCUCCUUCGUUUCAACCCUCCUCUCCAGUGUUGCUGUUAUUUUCCUGGAUCUUAGUCAACAGACUGCUGCAUUGCGUUGCAUUAGAGUGCCUCUGGAGUAGUUGCAGAUUCAGGGGAGAGCAGACUGAAAUCUGUGCUCCUCUUCUGAGGAGACUUCAAAUCCUCCUCCCAGCAUUGUCCCUGUUACAAUUCCUGUACAUGUCUGUCAUGAAGACCUAAUCCCUGCGGACAGAGAAAAUAAACAUGUUGAUUUUGAGCGCUGCGCCUCUUCUCUGCCCUCUGAAACCACCCCGCGCGUAUCUGGUGUCACGCGUGACGAACGGCGUGUCAUCUCAGUGAAAACGGAUCAGGGCCGACCUCCGCCGAGGCGCUCCGCUGUUUGUCAUGUUUAACAAGGUGUUGAAUCGUUAACUUUAACAAGACAGCCUGCAAUUACUCAACACAUUUGUAAAACUGGCUUGUUACUAUAACCCGCCGCUACUUCCUUAAUGCUGCACACACCAGCGGUCAGGGAGCAGGAGACACGACACACACGGCUCUACAGUAGCUCAUUUCACUACAAGACCCCCCCCUGCAGCCCCCCCCCUUAAAGCCCUGGAGUGGAGGCUUCACUUCAGGGUGGUUUAUUUUAUGGUCCUUUGUUUUGCUGUUUUCACAUCCACUGUCUGCCUCAGUGGAAGUUUUGAGGAAGUCUUCACAGCUGCAGUCGUUGAAUCCUUUU